GCAAGGAACACAAACAUGGCGUUUUUCGCAGCCGUGGCGGCGGCCGCUUUGCUGAUGAGCUUAGCGGCAGCGGCAACUACUUACCAAGUGGGUGAUGGGUUGGGUUGGUCCGUCCCUUCCGGUGGCGCCGCAGCUUACACUACAUGGGCUGACAAUAAAACCUUCACUGUCGGCGACACUCUUGUGUUCAACUAUUUGAACGGAUCACACGACGUGGCGGUAGUGACCAAGGCAAACUACGACUCAUGCAACACCAGUAGCACCCUCGCCCUGUUCACUAACCCACCAACGAGAAUCACUCUCAACUCCACCGGCGCGAAUUUCUUCAUCUGCACUUUCACCGGCCACUGUGCCGGAGGCCAGAAGCUUGCCAUCAAUGUCACCUCCGGCAGUACCGCCGCCACGCCACCUUCCUCCACGGCCACUCCUCCAAGCAGCGGUGCCCCCCCUCCAGGCUCUAGUGCCAACCCUCCACCUGGAAGUCCAACCAGCCCAAAUACUCCUUCGUCACCGACACCUGAAGGUUCUGCAGCAGCUUCUCUCGGCGCCGCUGGCCUUUCCGCUACCUUUUUGUCCAUUGCUUUGGCUUUGUUGUUUUAGAUUAUUUUCCUUGGCGGUAUAUAGUUAAUUUUGUGUGAUGUGAUUCAUUCACUUAAACAGCUAUAGCGUGAUUGUUUUUACACGACAUUGGUCAUUUUUUUUUUUACGUAAUAAUAAAUUUAGUUUUGAACUUUGA